AUGAAGAGACGAAAAAUGCGUACCGUUCCUUUCGCAGGGAACACAGCCUGGGCUCAACAAGAAAAUCAAUAUAAACCACCAGGUUUUAAUCAAGCAUCACAUCCUAAUCAACCUUCGUCUUAUAAUCAGGUGCCACCUUAUAGUCAAGCACCAGCAUAUUCUGGAUUUAAUACUCGAGCACAACCAACAAAAAUGACACCAGUUUCAUGA